UAGUCAGCGGGCUGUGAGGUCAGAGGGUAAAGGUCAUUCUCCUCUCGACUGAGAAUACACACAGCCAUCUUGGAUCUACAGCAGAGAAGGGAAAUUGAUGCGGUGACGAAAGGCAUGUUCGGUUCUAGAAAGAAAUUUGUGGAGUUUGUCGAGGUAGUCGAUAACGACUUUCCUGAUGAGAGUAUGUACUACAGCCAACCGUCGAUGUUCACACAUCGGUCGGAAAAGGACAUGCUGUCGUCUCCUUCACCAUCAUCGUCAGGUCAGCUGUCGCAGCUUGGUGCAAGUUUGUACGGCCCACAAAGUGCACUCGGCUUCUCAAUAAGGGGCAUGGGUAACAAUACGCCUCAGUUAAAUCGCAAUUUAACACAAGGCACCCAGCUACCAAGUCAUAUCACUCCCACAACGGGGGUGCCCACCAUGUCCCUUCAUACCCCUCCGUCACCAAGCAGGGGGACCUUGCCGAUGAACUCGAGGAACAUGCUGAACCACUCUCAGGUCGGUCAAGGCAUCGGAAUGAGCGGCAGGACCAACAGCAUGGGCAGUUCUGGGCUGGGCAGCCCCAACCGCAGCUCGCCCAGCAUUAUCUGUAUGCCCAAACAGCAGCCAGCGCGCCAGCCCUUCACCAUCAACAGCAUGUCAGGAUUUGGGAUGAAUCGUAAUCAGGCUUUUGGAAUGAACAACUCCAUAUCAAGCAACAUCUUCAAUGGCACAGAUGGGAGUGAAAACGUAACGGGAUUGGAUCUGUCAGACUUCCCUGCGUUAGCGGACAGAAGUCGGAGAGAAGGGACUGGAAACCCAACACCACUGCUCAACCCGCUGGCUGGAAGAGCUCCUUAUGUUGGCAUGGUGACGAAGCCAUCAACUGAACAGACGCAGGACUUCUCCAUCCAUAAUGAGGACUUCCCUGCACUGCCUGGUCCCAACUACAAGGACCCCACGUUGAGCAACGAUGACAGCAAAACUAACUUGAACACCACAGGCAAGAGCACAUCCAGUGCGGACGGGCCCAAGUUUCCUGGAGACAAGACGGCCUCAGCACAGAACAACAACCAGAAGAAAGGGAUCCAGGUGUUGCCCGAUGGUCGGGUGACGAACAUUCCCUCGGGAAUGGUGACAGACCAAUUUGGGAUGAUUGGACUGCUGACGUUUAUCCGGGCGGCAGAGACUGACCCCGGCAUGGUCCAUCUGGCACUGGGAAGUGACCUCACAACACUGGGACUCAACCUUAACUCCCCUGAAAACUUGUACCCCAAGUUUGCUUCUCCUUGGGCCUCAGCACCUUGUCGACCUCAAGACAUUGACUUCCAUGUUCCUUCUGAGUACUUAACCAAUAUCCACAUAAGGGACAAGUUGGCUGCAAUCAAACUGGCUCGAUAUGGUGAAGACCUGUUGUUCUACCUGUACUACAUGAAUGGUGGAGACCUGCUACAGCUUCUGGCAGCAGUAGAGCUCUUUAACCGGGACUGGCGGUACCACAAGGAGGAGCGGGUUUGGAUCACGAGGGCGCCUGGCAUGGAGCCCACACUGAAGACCAACACCUACGAGAGGGGAACCUACUACUUCUUUGAUUGUCUUAACUGGAGGAAAGUAGCCAAGGAAUUUCACCUGGAGUAUGACAAGCUGGAAGAAAGGCCACACGUGCCGACAACAUUCAACUACAACCCAGCCCAGCAGGCCUUCUGAGGCCCCGACCAGUCCACGGCUACAGCUGUUCCUGCACACCACCCUGUCGUCCAGGGAGGGCGCUGUGGUCCAGACAUCUUGGUUUUUAUUCCUCGAUGAUUUGGCUGUUUGACUGCGGGGGGGAGUUGCCACCCUACACGGUGGAGCAAAACUGCCCUGCCUUUCCAAAUUACAUGCUGCCCAAAACACCAACACUUGUUCUGUUUUUAUUCCUUAUGUUCCUACUUUUUUUUUCUUUUUUUUUUUCUUUUUUUUUGUUUUGUUUUGAGCAGGGUCUGUGUUAUGUUUACGUCUCUGAAUCUGAAGCCUGUUAUGUCCCGGGGAGGAGGACUGACAGUGACAGAACAAGGGUUAUGCCUCAUAUUUCCAGCAAGUGUUGAGAACAGGAGAAAGGCGAGGAAGGCAAAGUUAACAAAGCACCAUCCUCAGAAGCUAGUAAAGGGGGGAAAGAAAUGCAAUGUUUAUUGUUGCACUAUAUUUAGUAAUAAAAGAACACAAAAUUUGUUUGUGCUUUAUGUGAAAACACUCCCUUAUAUAUUUUUUUAAAAUACACACAACCUAUCCACACGCAUCCCUUUUCAUCUCAACGUUUUUUCCUCUUCCUUCCACUUUUUGUAAUUCCUGUCUUCUGAACCUACAGCACCACCACUUUCUCUCUCAUGCUCUUUCUGUUUCUCCUGCUGUCUUUCUUCUGUGGUUUCUGUGAGUCAAACAUGGACAUACGUCAGAGACUAUUUUAGUUUCCACAGUAAGUGGACAAGUCCUCACCGAGGCUAACUGCUAAGCAUCAUUGCUCCAGAGCAAGCAAAACACUUUCCAGUCUUUGUUACAAUUUUGUAAUAAAUGUGUACAUUUUUUUAGUUUCUUGGCAUCACAUGGAUUAGUAUAUGUAUGUAUGAAUGUGUAUAUAUGAUUGCUAUAUAUAUACACAUACACAUAUAUAUGUAUAUGUAUAAAUAUAUAUAUGUGUGUGUAUGUGUAUAUAUAUGUAUAUAUAUAUAUAUAUGACAUCUAUUUUGGAAGAAAUUUUGCCCUGCCUUGUACCUCGUUUUUAUGAGGUGAGCAUGGAUGCAAUAUGUGGAUAUCACAGGACAUUUCUGGAUCUGCUGGACAGGGUGUUACACGGCGCUGCGGUCACAUACAUCAACAUAAUACAAAAUUAAAAUGUCAUACAAGGAAAGGCCUGAUUCUCAGCAAAUAACUAUGGAGAUCAUCCCCAAAUGAACAAGUCUCAACAAGUCCAAAGCAAAAGGAUGGACACAUUUCAAUCCAGGCUGUUUUAACAGCAGCAUUUCAUAGUAAAAGGAAAACUGACUAAUUGAGGGAAAAAAAAGAAUCCAGACCAAUCUUGUAUUUUCUGAAGUUAAAAGCUUCUUUUCUUUGUAUUAAAGCAGAAAAGGCUUUCCUGAA